AUGACAGUUUUUGUGGGUUUUUAUCCUUACACAUUCGCACACGCAGCUCGUCGGACGACUCUUAUGACGGAUGCAAUCACUCCGGCUCAGAUUCAGCGACGAGCCACACGCCUGAUCGAUGGACACGGGACGUCCCGCUCUUACCACCGAUACGGUGGUGGUUCCUCUUCUUCCAGGUCCGGCGAGGUGAAGAUGGUCUUUAAGCCACGCAAUAUGAGUUAUCCCACACCUCCCCAGUCCAUUUACCCCGCUACUGCUUCCACGUCCUCCGGUAGUCGCAUUGACCCCUCAAGUGCAAAUAGGCAGACUAGCUCGAUGCUGCAGAAACUGCGAAAGCAAUUCCUCAAGGGUCGAUAG